AUGGGCGUCGAAAAUAUAUUUCCAUAUACUGGUUUUACUGAAGAAAAUCUACGUGAAUAUUAUGAAAAUCCACCUGCUGGAAUUGAUUUACGAGUGUGGAAACAAUCUCAAGCAGAUAAUCCAAAUCCAGCAGUAUUCAUACCAGUGCCGAUUGUUGGUUUUUCAGAGUUAUGUUGGAAGUAUAAAUGUCAUAAUGAACAAGUUACAGUACAUAAGUUAACACUUAACAGCAUUGCAGACAGACUAUCAGAAUUAGCUAGGAAAAAAACAAGAGUAGAAUCUAAACUUGAACAAUAUACAGACAAAAUGGAUCAAUUAACACACAGGAUUGUUAAAGUAUUAGUAGGUCAAAUGGUCAUAUUAAAUGCAGGAAUGGCUCUUAGACCUGAAGAAGAAACAAUAAAGAAUCAAUUAGAAAUUUUAUACAAUGAUAUUAAUUCACCAUUAAGAUUCCAAGGAAAGUUAACCGAGAUUGCUACUCUUGUUCGAUUAAAAAAUUCAGAACUAUCAGAAGACUCGAAAAGUAAUUCGGGUUGUAUUCCGCAAGUAGCUGAAGAAAUUAAACAAUUCUUAGAACUUCAACAAACAAUGAUAUCCGAAAUGCAGACAGUAGUCAAAGAAGAUUUCAACGCUAUAAACUUAAUGAAAGAGUCAUUAAAAAAUGUAAGAUAG